GGGUUCGUCCGGAGCUGCGAUUGGAUGGAGACCCUGGCCAAGGAGACAGCUCCCUGCAGGCCCCUUCACCGAAUCCAACCCCACCCUCUGUUUUGUCAUGCUGCUUUCCCAGCCUUAGUCCCAGAGGCGGCGGGACUCUGGAGCUGCUGGAUCUUCACCUCUGCUGCAAGGGGAGAAGUGGGGGGAGGGGUCAAGUUUUGGACAGGAGGGGGACAGCUCUCAUCCCGAAUUCCACCGCUCCAAAACGAAGCCACGAUGCUACACUGGAGGCUGUUGGGGGGAGAUGAGAAAGCUCAGCUUCAGGAGCUCAACGCCCGCCUCUACGAGUAUGUGUCCCGGGUGCGGCAGCUGGAGCAGGAGAACCAGCAUCUCCUGGACGAGCUACAUAAUCGGAGAGGAGAGGAGGACUGGUGGGCGGCAUGGCAGGGACGAUACCAGGCGGAGGUAAGCAGCCUGAGGCGGCAGCUGGAGGAGCUUAGCUGGGACAAGUCCCUGGCAGAGGGGGAGCGGGUCAGCCUGUGGCGCGAGCUGCAGGACCUACGACUGCUGAGCGAGGAGGCGUGCGCCAUCCGAGGCCAGCUGGACGCCGAGCUAGGUGCGCAGCGGAGUCAACUGAAGGAGGCCCUGGGCGCUCGGGCGGCUCUGGAAGCGCUGCUUGGCAGUCUGCAGGACGAGCACCAGCGCCUGCUGGAGGGGCACGCCCGGGACGUGCGGGAGCUGAGAGAGCAGGUGUCUACCUUCUCUAUGCAAUUCCGCGCUCGCCAGCCUCCCCGGGAGUCCCAGCUCAGUCUGCAGGAGGUGCAGGACAGCUACGCUCUUCUGGUGUCUGAAUCAUGGCAGGAAACUUUCCAGCUGUACCAGGACAAGGUGCGCGAGCUAGAGGAGAAGGUGAGGCUGGGGCACGAGAGUCGGCAGGAAGCGGAGGAGGAGAAACGACGCUUUCAGCUCGAAGUAGAAUCCCUGCACCGGGAGGCCCAAGAGUUGGACCAGCUGCGCCAGAGGCUUGAGGAAGAGCUCCUAAGAAUGAGAGAGAAGUACGACCUGGAGAUGGAAGAGAAUCAGAGAGUAAUUGACUUCCUGGAAGAUGAAAAGCAGAAUUUGACCAUGACCAUCACAGAUAGACUAAAGGACUAUCAGGAACUAUUACAAGUGAAAACGGGCCUAAAUCUUGAAGUUGCAACUUACCGAGCCUUACUGGAAGGAGAAAGAAAUCCAGAGAUACUAGUAUGGACUGAACACAUACAGAAUGUUCCACGAGAAGUCAGGAAUACAUCAUACCAGCAUGCCAAUUCAAUUUUACAAAGAGAAAACAAACGGAAUAUAUACUCCAGAGAGAAAAUAACCUCAUCUGAUAAAAACAUCUCAGCACCAUACUCAAACCGAUCAACAUUCUUUGGACCUCAGUCUACUCUAGUGACUAGAAGUGAUUUCCUGGGUCCAAGCUAUUCUUCCUCUUCCACUCGAAGACAAGAAACCUCAUAUGAAAGGACUGCAAGAGAUCAUAGUAGACUCGGGACACCUCCUACAACAUGUGGCCUUUUGAGAAGCGGAGAAUCUCAGGUGAAAGUGAUUCCUGACAGGCAGAAAACAGAAAGUACAAGUAGAAUCACCACAUAUUUAACCAAAGAAUCGACAAGUGCUCAGAGACAGAGCCCACAACACAAAGAUAUAAGGAUGAGUACGUCUGUAAGCACUCAAUCACAAGAAAGGAGUGUUCUUCAGGGAAAGAAAACAGAGGAGAGAAAAUAUAAACUAGAACCAACUAAAGCAAGACAAGAGGAGAAAAUGUUUGACUCUAAAGAAAAGGCUUCUGAAGAAAGAAAUUUAAGAUGGGAAGAAAUGACUAAACUAGAUAAGGAAGCAAGAGAAAGGGAGAGUCUGCAGUUGAAGGGAAAAGGCAAAGGAAAUGAAUCAGUCAAGGAGAGAACUACGAUAUUUGGAGAAAAGAGAGAAAUACAGAUACCUGUUAGUUUUGAGGGACAUGGACAUGGAAAAGCAUCUCAAGAUAACAAAGUAGAAUUAGUAGUAAAAGAUAUACAAACAGUUCAAAAAAAGGGUGUCAGUGAAAGUAAGACUAAGUGGACAGAAGAGAGAGGGCUAAAGUUCAAAGUAGAUGCCAGUGAUGCUGCUGACUCCACAAAAGAUGACUCCACAAGAAAAACCAUAGCAGAAAAUAUAGUUUCCAGUAUCCUACAGCAGUUUGUGCAGCCUUCUGACCUAGAAACAUCUGCUGGUCCUCCUCUGGAUACAAAAGUCACUUAUGUAGAAAGGAAAGAACUUCCUGGUGUUGGGAAGGCAAAGACUGAGAUUGUUGUGGAGUCUAAAUUGCUUGAAGAGAUAGAUGUUUCAGAUGAAGACAGCCUGAAGCAUCUCUUAAGCAAGGGUGCGAAGGAAGUAGAGAUUAAAGGGAAAUCAGCAGAAAGCAUGAUAGGAGAUAUAAUAAAUCUUGGCUUGAAAGGAAGAGAAGGGAGAGCGAAAGUAGUUAAUGUUGAGAUUGUUGAAGAACCACUAGGAUAUGUAAGUGAUGAAAAGGCUGACUUUUCAACACCAUUUGAGGUAGAGGAAGUAGAUGAUAUCUCUCCAGGCUUUCAGAGACAUUUCAGUGAUGAGGAAGGCGAUGAAGAGACAAGUAUCACCUUCUCACGUAAUCAGCUUACAAAGACAAAGCAGCCCCGUGAGAACCUAACUCACUUUGAAGAAGUAACAGAGGCAAGUGACUCUGAAGGAGAGCAGAGAUAUUUUGUGUCUACUCCAGAUGAAUACCCAGGAGGAUAUGACAAAGAGGAAGAUUCUGUAUAUGGGCAAAUUCAUGUUGAGGAAGAAUCAACUAUCAAGUAUUCUUGGCAAGAUGAAGUUUCACAGAGCACAGAGAAGAGGAGAAAGAGAAACAACUUGCCCGGAGAUGAAUUUUCAAGUCCAUCAGAAGUCUUCUCCCCAGAAGAGGAUGUAGACUCCUCCCCCCUGAAGGUACACCUAAAAGGUGAUGAAGUGCAUGCUGAAUCCACUGUCACUGAAAAAGAAAUUAAAAUACCCCAUGAAUUCCAGACCUCGAUUAAAGGACUCUUCUCCAAAGAUCCCAAGCAUCAGCUGGUAGAGGCAAUUGGGCAGCUGGAAGGGAGCCUUCCUGAAAGUGUGAGAGAGGAUCUGUCUGUCUUAGCUAAGGAGAGUCAGAAGGACAGUGGCAAUAUUUCAGUUAAAAAAUUUGAGAAAACCACUGAUGGUGGAUCAGUCACAAUCGUUGCUGAAGUCAAUCUUUCGGAAACCCUUGAUGCGAAUCAGUUAGAUCUGGAACAACUAAGUAAAGAAGGUUCUAGCAAAGUAGAGAAAACUUUGCAGUCGGCAGUUCUGGCUAGUUCUCAAAAACACUAUGUCCAGGAACCUGAAAGCCCAGAUAGUAAACAUGGUCUAGAAGUUUCUGGUCCCAGUAUUAAAUCCAAGCGUUGGACCAGUACAGAAAUAUACAGUUCAUCUGAGAGAGAUGGUGGUGGUGGAGGACAUUAUACUGCUGAGCAUGUUUUUCAACAAGGUCCGGUUUCUGCAACUGUGGAAGUUAGCAGCCCAAGAGGUUUUGCUCAAUCACACAUCUUAGAGGACAUAAACCAGUCUGUACAGCAUAUUAAAAUAGGCCCCACUGAAAUUCGGAGGACAGAGCAAAUCUUUUAUGAAGGACCCACUUCACAAGUGGUAGAGAUGGAUGUGUCUAAUAGAGAAGAGAGCCCCAGCACUUCUAGAAGUACACAAGAAACUACCAUCUUCUUUUCCCCAAGAAAGGAAGCAAAAAUUCACAUUGUUUCUGAUGACGGUGAAUGGAAAGACAAUGAAAGAAGAAAGGACAAAGAAGCAAGUAUGGGUUUUCAGGCUUCUGCUGCUCAAGAAUACCAGGUUCACGGAGAACAAGUCACUGAGAAGGCUAUGUUUGAUAAAACAGUACAGCUGCAGAGAAUGGUAGAUCAAAGGUCAGUGAUUUCUGAUGAAAAGAAAAUUGCCCUCCUCUAUCUAGACAAGGAGGAAGAGGAGGAAGAGAAUGAUGGACAUUGGUUUUGAAAAUUUGAAUCUGAAAACAGAUUGAGUUUUAAUAGCAUCUUACACAAUAGUACCCUAACCAACACAUUGGUCAUUUAAAUUAUCUUGUUUUUUAGAAAGAGACUCACCAGUUGAGAAUUACCAAUCCCAAAUCUUUUUUUUUUUUUUUGGUGUAAAUUAAUAAAAAAAAAGCAAGCUCCAAGCAUUUUAAAUUUAUUUUAUGGACCUCUUCAUGGAGGAAUCACAUUAUUAUUUAGCAUAUUUUGAAAUUUUGAGAGAUUUGAAAAAUAACUUUAUUUCUCCAAUCUUUAAGUUUUUUAAUGAGUUUUCUGUUCAUUACCCAAGACAGUUUAUUGGAUUUGUCUUUGGCCACAGAAAUGGCAGGUUUCUAUUUAAAUGAAAAGGUCUUCUCUGUAAGUUAAGAUGCUUAAGAGUAACUAGUUAAAAUAACACAUAAAAGUAAAUUCCAUUUGCAUGUGCUAGUAUCAUAUAAGCUAACUUUUUAGGGAAAAAUAAACAAUUAGCUUGAGUCUCUUUGCAAGAGACAACAUUGCACUUUAAGGCUUAGCACAGACAGUUUUACAGAAAAAGAACCAUAAGUAGGAUUUGCCUUCAGUAGGAUUUGAGUUCAGUUUUUUCAGGAAAGCAUUUAAUUUGCCAUAAAAGGAAAUUCUGUUCUAGGUUGUGAACCAACAGAUUUCAAUCUUCCUUACUUUAAAAAUAUCAUAUUUAUUUAUAGAAUGACCAACUAAAUAUCCUAUUAGAAUAUUUUUAGUCAGUAUGCCUAUUCCAUAUUAUAAAACUUUAAGGAAAUAUAAGAUAGCAAUGUGCAUAGGUUAUAUAAUCAGUCUUAUUUCAAGUUGUAUAAAGACAGUCAAGAUAUUUAUUUUGUAGCUUUGUGUUGCCAAUUCCAUCAUUACCCUGACCUAGCCAAUGCUCAGUUCAAGUCAUAUUAUGCCUAAACUUCUCUUUACUUUUAUGAAGUUCAUGGCUUCUGAAUUCCUCAUAUUCAAUACUAACAAACAUUUACUAAGCAUCUACUUUAUGAAAGGUCAGAGAAGGCAAAUGAAUAAAAUCUUGGUCUCUGCCCUCAAGGAAUUUAUAAUCUAGUUACUCAAUAUAAUACAGUUCAAUUCAUCAAACACAGAAGGCAGAAAAAAGGUUCACAGAUAACGCUAAUGUAAUUAGAGAGUAUAAAUGUCUAUAACAGUAACAGUUUAAACAGUUGCAUGGUACAGCAUAAAAAGCACUAGAUGCUGAAUUGGGUGGGCUGGAGGCAAAUCUCCAUUCUGCUAGUUAUUAGCUGAGCGACCUUUGGCAAGUGAUAUGACCUCUGUAAAUUUCAGUUUUAUCAUCCAUCAAAUGGAGAUUACAUGUACUACCUAAAAGGAUUUUUGUGAGGAAAAUACUUUGAAAAAGAAUAUGCUAUGUAAAUGUGAGUUAUUUCUAUUAUUUUUGUAGAGGAAAGAGAAGUUUACUAUAGAGUUUGGGAUGCAACCAGAUAACAUUAGUAUAAUAUUUCAAUCUAUAAUAUUAUAAUAUAAUAUAAUAUAAUAUAACAUAAUAUAAAUAAUGAUAUAAUAUAAUAUAAUAAUCUAUAGUAUCAUAUAAAUUAUAUUAAUGUGGAAACCAAAUUAGAUAGAAGAUCUGCAGUAUGAUUGUAAAAAGUAAACUAUUGUACCUUAAAGAAAUGAAAGUCAAAUGGUAAACCUAUUUCAGCACUAUUACACAGGUCUUUUUCUUUCCAAACUCAGAUGAAUACAGUAGAAAUUCUUGGUUGAGAAUUUGCACUUUGGGAAGGAACAAAUAAUAAUUAUGAAUUUUGUUUAGGAAAGUAAAUAACAUGUUAAAAAUAGAAAAAGUUUUUUUGGGGAUGGAGAGGUGGGAGGAAGGAAUUGGCAGCAGUUCCUAGAACACAAUACAGGAUAAACUAACUGGGUAUUGAAACAAUAGGAUUUAAAAGGCUCCCUGCUACAGGUUUAGGAGACAUAUAUGUAUAGAUAAUAUAUAGUGGAGUUAAAGAUAUGUUAAUCACUGAAUUUUUAUUGAAUCAACUUUUAUCAUAUGUUCUAAUGAUAUAAUUUAGAAGCUGCUAUCUUUAAAGGUUCAAAGGUAUCUCAUAAAAUAAUAUCUCUAGGAACACAAGUUGGAACAUAUCAAGAAAAACAAUAUUUCAGCCAAGAAGACAGGCCUUUUUUUCCUCAUCUUUCCUGUCUCUUUUGCAAUGGUGCCACGUAACUGUGUAUAGGAUUGGAGUAAGACAUUAGGAAUAAAGUGCUAAGGAUAAUUUCAAUCUCAGUGCCAAGUUAUCUCGAUUUUUUAUUGCGGAUGGAUUUCAAAUUUGACUUAGAAUCCUCAAAUUUAAAAUGUACCUAUGUUCCUAGAAAUCAUACUUUUAAUCACUCUUUAAGGUGAUCUUUUAGAAAUAUUUCUUUUUUUGGAAGUUGAAACAGAUAAGAUUUAUAAGAAGUGACUUAUCCUGACUUACAUAUCAUCAGGAGAUGCAUGUUAAAUGGAGUCCAGCUUUUGUUUAAGGUGGUCUCUUUUUUAAUAGCCUUUUUUUGUGUAAAUGGAAGUAGAAAAAGAAGGGUGAAGUAUUUAAAUUGUAGUGUUUUAUUUUCUUUGUUUUUGCAUUCUCUUUCUUUGGCAUAAGAUCAUAGGAUUUAGAGCUAGCAAGGACCUUAGAGGCCCUCAAGUUAAACCCCAUCAUUUUGUAGAUGAGAAAACUUAGGAAGGUCAAAUGACUUGCCAGAUGUCACCCAGGUGGUAAAGUAGUGGAACUGGAAUUUGGAUCAGAAACCAGAUCCCCUAAACCUAGAUCCAGGGCACUUUCCAUUUUGCCAUACUAUCUCUCCAGUGAUCAGUAAUUACAUGACAAUACAGCUCCUUACUCUAGAAUCCAUUGUUUCAAAGUUUUAUUUUAAAAGUACAUGAGAAUUUUAGUUGCAGUUUAUACUAUUUAUGUAAUAAAAAUGUUGGUCAGAAUUCUUCAUAAAAUACCCAUUAUAACAGUCUUUUUUUCUGGGAGAGAUCAUUUCUGUUUUAAGCUUUUUUACUUACACAACUCUCUUAGUUGACCAUCUUCAAGAUGUUUUCUUAUUUUAAAGAUUAAGUGAACACAUUUAGUUAUUCUAAAAAUGUUAACUUUCUUCUUAAAGUUGAAAUACAUUCUUCAAAGAAGUGAAAAUAUCCUUCAAACAGUGGUAGGGAUUGGCAAUUUAGGGCAAAAUGCAAAAUGUUACUAUUACUUUGCCUUAUUAUGCAGGAACACUUCAUGCCUAUUUUAAAUGUAUGACUUUAUAGCACAAAAGCUUAGUGUAGCCGACACGAAAACACCUAGACAGUUCAUUCAGAAGAACAGCUGAUUUCAUUAAAUACACACAAGUCAAAGCCACAAUUUUGCAAUAUUUGGGCAAAACACAUUGACUUGUUGAACUUUUCACUUUUCAACUGAUUUUUUCUGACACUGUGCAGAUAUAACCUAUGUCUAUUUGAAGUGUAACAUUAAAAAAAAAAUCUCUGAAGAGCAUGUUUAGAAACUGUUUUGCAGAUUAGCAAUGUUUUGAGCCCUCUUUAUCUCUUUCAUUAUCAGAAGAACCUGGAUUCAGGGAUCUAAUGGCAAACAGAACCCACCAGGUCCCAAAUUAGAAUAAGAGGUCAUUCAUGUUGAUAUCAAAGAGAAAGCUUUUCAAAGAUUUUUUGUUCUUAUUGCUACUUAAACUUUAAUUAAAGUAAUUUACUAAGUGCACGUGGUCAUGUAAAUGUUCUUAUUGCAGCAUAAAGUCACACCUUGGGGUGAACAGUACUUAGAGUGAUUUCCAAUGUCUCAAACCUACUCAAAAUAGAUAGUGUAUAAACAAUAAAUAUAAAAUAUGAGUUUUUUGAGCCAGAACUUGUUUAUUAGUUACUCAGAACUUCUUUAGAGGCUGCCGAAUGGGAUAAAUUUGGAAACGUAACAUGAAGAAACUUCAAAAUGAGAGUUAACAAUUUGUAUACCUUCCAGAAGAGAAUGCAGAUGGAAUGUUUUUUAAACCAAGAACCACUGUGAAAAAAUGUCUUAUAGCCAUUCCAUAAAGACAGGGCUUGGGAAGAUGAAACAUCAUAGUUAGAAAGCCAACAUUGGAGUUAGGAUAUCUGAGUUCAAGUAUUGCCUCAGACACUUACUUGCUGUGUGAGCUGGGGGUAGUAAUGGUGGUGUUGGGUGAAGUUGUUUAAUCUUUCUAUGCCUUCAGAAAAUUUUUUACGAACUGAGAAGGUGCUGAUCUGUAUGUACAGAAAGAGUUUGCUCACUGGGAGUUCCCAAUAUGUCCCAAUAAAUCUGGUCUUACAAUUUUUUUUAUUAUCUGUAACCCUUGUAUUACAUACUUUUUUAUCAUUAUUGACAGAAAACGAAAUAGGAUUCAGAUUCUUCACUUACAACAGAAGAGAAUGGAGGUGUAGAAUUUAGGGAAUGAUGGGCACUGAUAAUAAACAAACUUUCUUUUUUGCACAAAAACAACUAUGAUCACUAUAAAGAAGGUAAGUAUUCUUUUAGGAGGUGACAUUAUAGGAUGUUUACUCCAGAAUAUUUUCUUCUAUGAGGACCAAAGAAGGAGUUCUGAUAAUGACAAUAGAUUUCACAUUUUUUUAUCCAAACCCAACACAGAUUUUCAUAUUGCCUAUAGACAUGCAACAUAUUUAAUCUCAAACAAAUGAUUUUUAAAACAAUUGUUGGGAUUUAUGUUCCAUACCCUUUAAGAGCUUAAACUAUGGCUCUAGUUGCAUGCAAAUAGAAUCUAUUUGAUUGUCCAGUUCUAAGUUAUAAAAGGUUUUUGUUACUUUUUUUUAAUGCUACUUAAGAUUGGUUAGGAUGUUGCAACUGUACAAAGAGAAGAAUAUACUUGGAACCUGCUGUGAAUGUCUGCAAGACUUGUUUAAUGAAUUGUCCAUAAUUGGAGAUAUACAGGUCCUCUUCUAGUCCCAACAUAAUUCUUUUCUGCAGUCACACAUAAAUGGGAAAAUGCAGCCAAUUAUCUGCCUAGUUAAAGUAGAAUUUGUUUUUCCCUUAUGUGUCUAAAGAAUUACAACAAAAGAACUUUCUUUGGUCUGAAUAAUUACUUUAAUUUUCAGCUUGGAUUUAUCAGUUGAUAUAUGUGUCUGCCAGAAUGAAUAAAGGAUUUAAGUAGGUCUUCCCUGGUAGUUCAUUUGGAAUUCUAAGAGAAGAUACCUUUCUUCUCUCCCUAUCAUUAGAAUUGAUAGAGUAAUAAUUGCAAAGUUGUAAACAUCACCAUAUUUCAACUAAUUUAGUUCAUUGUCCAGACUACCAUGAGAAACUAGGUCAUCUCAACUGAUGACAGCAAUGACAAUCAUAAAGUCUAUAAAAAUGUGAGCUUUGAAAGUCUUUUCUAUUAAGAACUGUACUUGGGUAUCAAUAGUCAAUGUCAAAUAUACUAAUUAUGAAGUUUUCAGUUAAUGUCAUUUCAUGGUUACAUUUUCCUCUAAAAAUACACAUCAAUUUCAGAAUUUUUUUCUUUACAUACUAAUAUAUGUGAUAUUUAACAGCU